AUGAGGCCUCGCCGAGCUGUACAGACACCCGGGAGGCCCCUCCUCCCCCGCAGCAGCAGCAGCAGCAGCAGCAGCAGCAGCAGCUCUCUGGGGGGCGCGGAAGACGUGGCUGCGCGCAGCAGCGGGAGGCGGCUGUUUGCUGCUGCAGCGCAGCACGGCGCAGCAACAGCUUCGGUGUCUUGUGCUGCAGCAGGACAAGACGACGAGUUCAGCAGCUGCAGCAGCGGGCUGAGCGACAGCAGCGAAGACGGGGCGGGCAGCAGCAGCAAAAGCGUGCGCAGCCUCGGCAGCCGCAGCAGCUGCAGCAGAAGCAGCAGCAGCAGCAGCAGAAACAGCUGCCCCACCCCUCGCGGGGACAGCCCCGGGGAUCGGCAGCUGUCAGUCCCAGCAAGUGUAGCAGCAAGUACAGCUCCUUCUGCUGCUCUUUGUGUCGAGAGCCUGCAGGCUCCUCUCGGCGCUGCUGCUGAUGCUGCUGCUGCUGCUGCUGCUGCUGCUGCUGAUGGCGGCCCCUGGCUGCUGCAGGGCAAGCUCAAGGCGGAGUCCAGCAGCAGCAGCGGCGCCCCAGGCGCCUCCUCUGCUGCUAACGGCGGCAGCAGCGAAGCAGGUGCAGCAGCAGCAGCAGCUCCUGCUGCAGCAGCAGCUGCUGCGGAGCACCCCGCGCCGGCCGCAGCUCCAGCAGCUGCUGCAGCUGCAGCUGCUGCUUCUGCUGCUGCAAGCGGCAACAGCAGCAGCAGCAGCAACAGCAGCAGCUCUCUUCCGGAUGUGGGGAAGGAGGCGGCGGCUGCGGGGUGUCUCGACCGUGCCGCCGCCGCCGCUGCAGCAGCGCCUUCGCGCGGCUGCAGCAGCAGCAGCACGCAGCAGCAGCAGCAGCAGCAGCAGCAGCAGCAGCAGCAGGAGGUGACUUCUUCGGCGCAGCCCUUCCAGACGCCGCGUUCUUCUGUGUCUCCUCAGAGCGCGCCGAGUGUUUUGCGGCGGGGCGGCGGCGGCGGCGCAGCAGCAGCAGCAGCAGCAGCAGCUGCGGAGGCCGCGGGGAUGGCGGCUGCGGUGGCGGAGACAGCAGCAGCAGCAGCAACAGCAGCAGCAGCAGCAGCAGCGCCGCAGCGCGUCGGCAGCAGCCUGGCGGCUUCGAGCGGCUGCUGCGGGCCGCGGCUGCUGAGCUUCUCGAGCGAGGGGCUGCUGCCGGCGGUGCCGGGCGCGCAGCAGCAGCAGCAGCAGCAGCAGCAGCAGCAGCAGCAGGAGGCGUGGAGCAGCCGAAGCAGCAGCAGCGCGAGCAGCCCGUCGCGGCUGCUGCGGCCUUGCGGCAGCAAGCUGACUUCAAAGCUUCUGUAG